GCCAGUCGCCCCGCGGCGGGGCCGUAUCGCACCGUACCGUAUAUUAUAUCGUACCGUACCGUAUAUUAUAUCGCACCGUACCGUAUAUCGUAUCGUACCGUAUAUUAUAUCGUACGGUACCGUAUCGUACCGCGGCGCGAUGUGCAGCGCGGCCAAGCGCUGGGACGCGGCUCCCGCCAAGCGCGCGCGGCGCGAAGGCUUCGCCGGGAAUUCCCGCGGCUCCGCGGCCGACGGCGACCCGCGGCUGUGGGACAGCGAGCGGCUCUGCCGGCACCUCGCGAGCAGCGGCGUGUGCGAGCCCGGCCUGCUGCACCGCUUCAGAGAGAGCGGCGUCACCGGGGCCAUGCUGCUCGACCUGCCCGCCUGCGCGCUGCAGAUCACCCGCACCUGCCUUCCAGAGGAGAGACUGAAAGUGCUCGCCUGCCUGAACCAGCUGAGACAGACAGUGGACAUCAUGAAGGUUUUUAAUGAUCCAGUUCAUGGGCACAUUGAGAUACACCCUCUUCUUGUUCGCAUCAUUGACACACCUCAAUUUCAGCGCCUGCGAUACAUUAAGCAGCUGGGUGGCACCUACUUUGUUUUUCCAGGAGCCUCUCACAACCGCUUUGAACACUCAUUAGGGGUGGGCUACCUUGCAGGAUGUCUGGUUCGUGAACUGAAGGAGCGGCAACCAGAACUGGAUAUAACCCAGCGAGACAUCCUCUGUGUGGAGAUUGCUGGGCUUUGUCAUGAUUUGGGUCAUGGGCCAUUUUCACACAUGUUUGAUGGAAGAUUUAUUCCUCUUGCUCGUGAAGGUUUGAAGUGGAAGCAUGAAACUGCUUCUGUUGAAAUGUUUGCGCACCUGAUUGCAUCCAAUAAACUGGAAGAAGUCAUGGAAUCGUACGGUCUCAUCCUGGAGGAAGACAUGGUCUUCAUUAAGGAGCAGAUAGGAGGGCCUAUAGAUGAGACAGCUUGUGAGGAAUCGUGGCCCUACCGAGGACGACCAAAGGAGAAGAGUUUCCUAUACGAGAUAGUGGCAAACAAGAAAAACGGCAUCGAUGUGGACAAAUGGGAUUAUUUUGCAAGGGAUUGCCACCAUCUAGGGAUCCAGAAUAAUUUUGAUUAUAGGCGCUUUAUUAAAUUCACUCGUGUUUGCGAAGCAGGAAACCAGAAGCAUAUCUGUACCCGUGAUAAGGAAGUUGGAAAUUUAUAUGAUAUGUUCCACACUCGGAAUUGCCUGCACCGACGAGCCUACCAGCAUAAGGUUGGCAACAUCAUUGAAAUAAUGAUUACAGAAGCCUUUCAAAAAGCAGACCGUUUUUUUCAGAUAGAAGGCUCUAAGGGGAAAUUGUACCGGAUCUCUACAGCGAUGGAGGACAUGGAAGCCUACACUAAGCUAACUGAUAAUAUCUACCUGGAAAUUCUGCACUCAAGUCGUCCAGAACUGAGAGAGGCACGAGAAAUCUUGCAUAAGAUAGAACGGCGUGAAUUGUACAAGUUUUUAGGAGAGACUCAACCCGAAGAACAGUGUGAAAUUCCAAAGGAUGAAUACGAUGGCCUGGCAGGUGACAUUGCUAACUCCAAGCCAGAAAAGGAUCCUCCAAAUGUGGAGCUGAAGGCUGAAGACUUCAUAGUUGAUGUUGUUAAUAUGGAUUAUGGAAUGAAAGAUCAGAACCCCAUCGAUAAUGUUCUCUUCUACUGCAAGGCUGAUCCUUCCAAGGCCAUCAAGAUCAGUAAAGAACAGGUUUCAAGGCUUUUACCCGGGACCUUUUCAGAGCAGGUUAUCCGGGUUUACUGCAAGAGUCAGGAUCCAGUCAUUGUUUCUGCUGCAAAGCAGUAUUUUGUUCAGUGGUGCAUUAAGAGGAAUUUCACCAAACCACAGGAUGGUGAUGUGGUUGCCCCUCAUCUAACUCCACUGAAACAAAGCUGGAAUAACAGAAGCAGGGAUGAAUGCAAGACAGCUUCUGAACCCAGCUGCAAGCAGAAGCUUUCCUUCAAUUAGUAACGCAUCUCCUUUUGCACUGUCCACCCACCUGCUCAGAAGAUGGGGAGCUCUGAGCAGCGGCUCUUUUAAAAUGCAAUCCAAUAUACUGUAAAAGAAAGAAAAAAAAAAGAUAGAGCAAUGCAGCAGUGCAUUUUACAAUACAGGAUGCUUUUAUGUGUGCACUCAGACUAAGUGCACGUUUGGGUUGAACUGCUACAGAGCUAACAGAUAACCUGCUACGGCAAAGCAAGCUCAGUUCUCACUUAUUUUUUGAAUGUAUCGGUGCUGCUGUAGCAGGAGGAGCUUCAUUUUAAACAGAAAACAACCAUUGAUUGUAAUGGCCAGAAGUGCAGUAGGUUUGUUACUGCUCCUUCCGGUCCUGAUCCCUUCUGGAGACUAUCGCAAUGUUGCUGGAGCUGUUAGAAAAGCUUCUGUUUCUAUUUUAAACUUUAUGAUUCCACCUCGUCUUAUUUUCUGUAAUGACCUUUUUAUUAAAGAUGGCUGUUCUGCUGUUCAGGAAGCUGACUGGAUGCAGGCCUCUUGCUAUGAAAGUGACCUCACGACUUGUAUUGAAGUAGCACAGCCCUGCAGCGACACGCAGCAUUUUACUGGUUUUGUAGCAUUUGUGAUACAUUAAAUGUAACUUUUGUUUUUUCUUUUUUUAAACUGCUACACUGAACUGUACAAACUCCUCGACAGCUCCAUGUUUGGGGUGCUUGCAGGAAAGCAGAGCAGAUGCUGCGUGUGGCGGUGCUUCUCCUUGCACCCAGCGCACACUGUUCUGCAUUUCGCUGCACUGGGUGGUCAGGCUGGUCAGGAACCCUUCCAUGACUGCAUCCCGUCCCUGUUUUUCUGGUUCAGUGGUUGCUGCUCUGGUGCAUUUUUUAUCUCCCUUAUAGACAAUAAGGGCUCUUAUAAUCUCCACUGUGGACACUGCUGGUGCAAGCAUCUGUCCCAUCAAAAAGCAAACAAGGAAGACUUUGUUCCCUGUUUUACUCAGGUUUAAGGUGUUCUCUUUGAAGGCUGCUUUCAUUAAAUGAAGCUAACUAAUAAAAUAUCACCCAUCAAGCCUACAAAGUAAAGUGCUCUUUAAUACUCAGAAAUUGGAAAAGAGCUUUGGAUCUUUGUAUCUGAAGUGAGAAAAGAGAAGCCGAGUCUUAACAGCCCAGCUUUUGAAACAAGGGGUUGCCGCGUAAGAAGGUGUUGUCACUUCUCCUGUCUGAUUGUUUCCUUGGUCUGGAAGCUGAUGGCUGUGAUGUAAGAAGGGCCACUCACCUGCUGUACAGAUGUGGUCUGAAACAGCCAGAAAUUGUUCUGCGCUCAGCUGCUUGUUGAACCUGUGUUUAAUGGUGAUGCAGCACCAACUCUGCUGUUGCUGGUAAGAGCAUUUCACACCUGCAGUGUACCAGGUAACUGCUGGAAGGUGGAGGGACCUUUAUAGAAGCUUUUGAAGUACUUGUUUUAUGGUUCGGGGAAUCACAUUGUAGAGUGAAGGCAUUUAUCCCCAUUAUCUACGUGAAAUCAAGCACUGUGCCAUCAUAACAUAAUUCUAUCACUGUUCCUUGGGUUUGUUUUGAUGCUGUUAUAAAAGGUGCACUUUAUAUUUGGGAAAGGCUUUCAAAUUUAAGCAAAAAUGUUGUACAUGGAACUUUAACACCUGGUAGUUGAGGCAGCGUUUCUUUUUCUCAGACAUAAUCUGAGCCUUUCUGUGAUAAAAAUAAUAAACAGCGAUUUUAAUUGCA